AUGGCUGCUGUUGAAUCGAUCAUUAAAAAGUAUUCGGAGGAACGUGACAAACGUUUCAGUGCGAUCUCGUCCGGACAAGGAGCCAGUGUCAAGUUCAGAAAUAGCUCUCUCCUCGAUAAACUUGAUCAUGAUCCGUGGGUUGAUUACGACAACCUUGCCAAACAGCAACCACCGUUGAAAGACGGCUCCGAUAUCCGAUUUCUGAUCCUCGGCGCUGGCCACGCCGGGAUCCUCUUCGCAUAUCAUCUGAUAAAAGCCGGGUUCCAGCCAUCAGAAAUUGUCAUCGUGGAUGAAGCCGGCGGGUUCGGAGGUACAUGGUACUGGAACCGCUACCCAGGCCUGACCUGUGACGUCGAAGGUUACUGUUACCUGCCGCUUCUCGAAGAAACGGGUUUCGUACCUGAGCAUCGCUACUCAAAGGGCGACGAGAUUAGACGAAAUGUCGAAUUCAUUGCCGAGAAAUUCGGCAUCCAGGGAAUGUUUUGCACCAAAGCGAAAGGUGCGGACUGGGACGACACGCAAAAGCGAUGGCUUGUCAAACUUGACCGUGACUUGGGACCGAAUCACCAGGACUUGAGUGGCACCCUCGUCGUCGGCGCCCAGUUUCUCAUACCUGCGGGCGGCAUCUUCUACUCCCCGAGUGCCCCCGCCGUUCCCGGGCUCGAGACGUUUAUGAAGAACCGAGAAAUCUUUCAUACGGCGCGCUGGAACUACGCAUACACCGGCGGCACUCCUACUCAACCAGACAUGGUGAACUUGCGAGACAAGACCGUAGGCAUCAUUGGUACAGGGGCCACGGCGGUUCAGGCUGUCCCUGAACUAGCCAAAUGGGCCAAGCAUCUAUAUGUAUUCCAGCGCACUCCAUCCUACUGCGGCCCUCGAGAACAGGUAAAGACAACUCCCGAGAGUUGGGAAAAGGUCGCAGCGGGACCUGGCUGGCAGCACGAGCGGAUGAGAAAUCUUAACAUGUUCCUUAACGAUCACCCUGAAAUUACACCAGAGCAAGAUCUCCUCAGGGACGGUUGGAGUCGAUCGCGGCAGUUCUCUGGAAUAAUUGGUAGUCCUCGGGCAAAAGAAGUCACCGUUGACAACAUCCCGGACCAUAUCCACCGCCUGCUGGAGCUAGACGCAGACAUAGCAUCGGGUCUUCGAAAACAUGUCGAGCUGGAGGUAAACAACCCAGAAGUGGCUGAGAAGUUGAAGGCUUGGUAUCCCGGGUGGUGCAAACGGCCAACAUUCCACCAAGACUACCUGAAAUCCUUCAACCUGCCCAACGUCACACUUGUUGAUACCGACGGCCAGGGCAUUGCGGCUUAUACUGAGCGCGGUGUUGUGGUGGGAAAGGGGGAACUGGCCAAAGAGUACGGGGUGGACGUUUUGGUGCUAGCUACCGGAUUCGCAACUCCAACGGGUGUUGACGGCGAUCCGUCACAAGUGCUGGGCAUCCCCAUCCGAGGCCGCGGUGGCCGUAGCUUGACCGACAAGUGGAUGGGCAAUGAAUUUGCAACUUUCUUCGGCGUCGCCACACACGAAUUUCCCAACCUGCUCUUUUACGCGUCGAAAGGCGCCACUGGGUCGGCCAACACGACUUAUCCACUGACCAUAUCUGCGAGAAUGGCAGCCCACAUUGCAAAGGAAGCAGUCAAGAGAUCCUCAGACGAUAAAAGGGUAGAGGUUGAAGUCACCGUGGAAGCGGAGAAACGUUACACGGCAGAUCUCCAAAAGCACAUGCCCUGGUUCGCCGCGGUAGCAACCUGCACCCCCACCUAUUUCACGGAUUACCAAGAUCCUACCAAACGCCAGACUGCGAAGCCACCUGCUGUAGGGUGGACUACGGGAACAGUGGAGUUUGAGGAGGCUGUGGACAAGUGGGCUGAGAGCAGCCUAGAGGGGUUUGUUGUUAAGGGCUGA